CUGGCCGCGGACAAAAUAGUGACGUUCAUGGCUGUGGGACUACCUUUGUUUCUCAUCUCGCUCGCGUUUGCUCAGGAGGUUUCCGUGGGUAAGCUCUUCUGAAAACGCGUGCGUGUCUUUGGAAUACAGCGUUGUAGUGGAAAUUGGAUAAAUAACGGUGUUAACUUGUAUCACAUAUCCUGCUAUCUGUAAGGGUUGUUAUGCAAGCUCUUGGUUUUCCUGUGCUCUAGACAAGUAGGCUGCAAAACAGAAUGAGCUGCAAACAUGUCAAAACGGGGGGCACCCUCCCAUCUGGUACUCAUGUUUCUCAAAAGCCGAAUGUGUAUGACUCAUGACAAUUAAGUAUUGUAUAACAUAACCAUAUUGGCAACAUGUUUAUAUUUGUUUUACACUUUAACCCCUCCCAAGAAGAAAAAAUAGUAUAAGAGGGGCCACACCCCGCUGCUUGGGGAGUCGCUCCUUAACAGAUAUGGAAAUGGUGUUUCUUUCAAAUUAAAUUAAACAAAAAAAUAUAUCAUCGAAGCAUAUUGCAUUGCGUAUAGCAAUACAAAAUACAGCAUUUGCGUGUCUUUAUAGAGGUUUGAAUGAAAUGCUAGUGUGACGUAAUGCUCCACCCUUUUCCUUAAAUCACGCCCAGACGGUUGUAGGACGCGCUUCAGCUGCAGCUUGUCCCAGUCCCAGUCUAGAAGUCGAGAAGUAUAUCACGUCGAUCGUAAAAAUAAGCCAUACAUUUCCACACCUCCAUGAACUGUUCAGCCGCACUCUUUUUGUAAUGCCCACAACGUGCAUUGCCAAACUGAGCAGAUUAGAACAUAAUCUAAGCAGCAUCGCCUUGCUGCUUCAUUCCACAUUUUCUCAUGAAUUCGUCAUUAUGGGUCUGUCUGGCCUGUAUAAUUAAUUACUUGUCAAUCCUAUUUCUUCAUUUUACCAAGACAUUUUGACAAAUGUAUGGUUAUUGUAUUCCCGCUUUGUGGGGCAAGACCUAUUUUUGCUGCCACGCUUCAUCAAAGCCGGUCGAUAAUGAAUUUGGUAUGGGAAAAAUUGAGAACCCUGACCUCAGUCUCACCAUACUUGGUCAGUUUUUCUCACUGAAUGGACACAAUUUCCCACAGACACAUGCCAUCAUCUUUUAUAAUGUCUUCCUAGAAGAUUGCAAGAUCCAAAGUGGAGACCAACUCCAUAAUUUUAAUGGUACACAAAUCAGCUGCUUUGCUCCCACUAACUUCUCUUGGAGACAAGCAGCGUAUGUGGAUUCCUUUUGCUGGGCAGCAGUACAACAACAAGAUGACGGUUCACCAUUAUGGCUUCACAAGUUCUUUCCAUAUAUCCUGCUCUCGCUGGCCAUCCUUGUAUACAUCCCUGCGCUUUUCUGGCGCUUCACUGCAGCCCCACAUCUGUCCUCGGAUCUUAACUUCAUAAUGGAGGAGCUUGACCGCUUUUAUAAUCGUGCCAUCAAACUGGCAAAGAAUUUGGCAUCCUUGGAUGCUAAGGAUAAGGAUGUUUCACAGGACACACAGAGCAAUGCUCUGGAGCUGGCUGAGGGUUGUUUUAAAUACCCUUUAGUUGAGCAGUAUCUAAAGACCAAGCGGUUCUCUCACCGCCUCGUCAUCAUGUACUUGGCAUGCCGGGGCUUGACUCUACUCAUCCUACUGCUCGCCUGCCUCUACCUGGGAUACUACAUCCGCCUGGCCUCCCUUACGGAUGAAUUUCCUUGUGACCUGCGCACAGGGGUGCUGACCAAUGACAGCAGGGUACCCUCAGCAGUCCAGUGUAAGCUCGUGGCAGUGGGAGUCUUCCGGCUACUCAGCUACAUCAACCUCGGGGUAUAUGUGCUACUCGCCCCAAUGGUGGUGUACGCCGCUGUUGGACCUGCACGUCAGAGUUCCAACUUCCUCCGGCCUUAUGAGAUGCUGCCUGGCUUUGGAGCUUUGGGGGUCAUCACUCCCUUCUACAAUGACCUCAGCAUAUAUCUGCUCUUUCUACAGGAAAACCUAAGUGAACUGAAAUCCUUCAAGUGCCUGCAGGUGCUGGAGUUAUUGCAAGAAGCCGCUGAGGAGGGCUUUGAUACCAUGUGCCUACUGCGAACUCUGGGCCAGGUGAAGACAGAUGUCUUGGAUUGUAAGAAGGCAUGCCCUCGAAACAAAGAUAAAGAAGUAACAUCAUAAUCCCGUUGAGGUAGAGCUCUGUCUACCUCAUUAACCAAGUCCUGCUGUGAACAACAACUGACCUGAUCUCCACUGGUGGUUUGAAAUGUGAUGAAUUUAAAAUACAGUAACUCAUACAAUGUAUUUUCAUGUCUUAGAAUUACUUGAAUUGACUCUACUGCAUUCUCAUGACAUUCUUUUCCAUUAUUUGUACCUAAUUCAUUAUGAGAAAAAGCCACCAAUUACAUUUGCAAUUGGAUUAUUACAUCAUAUGCCUCCAGCUGCAGAGUAACCUAGAGGUUAACAUGACUGCCUCACAUUUCAGAGGUCUGGGGCUUAAAGAUCGGUUUUGGCCUCCCUGUCACAAAAGAGCUUUGAAGUACUUAUCAUCAUCUGAACAUGCUGGCACGUACAUACAUUUGGUUGGUUUUCACAAGUUUCUCUUUUUUUUUUAAGUCACUGCACUUAAAUGUUGUUUACUGUAAUAACACAACUGUUGUAUAACACAAUCGGUCUUAAAGUGUCCUUUAUCUGUUCAGUCUUUCUUGUUUGUUCUAAUCUAGACAGUGAUGAAGUCAAGAUUUUAUAGAUUUUUUUUUUUCUAAAUACAUUGUCUUUGGUAUUUAAUGACACUUAUUGCUUUUCUCAAGCAUAUUGUAAAAUGCCUUUUUAGCAGUUGUGAAUGUGAGCAAUACUUCUGUAACUAACUUUCCUGUAACUUAUAUGUUGUGUAUUUAUUUUGUAGCUAAGAGCCCACGGCAUUACUUGAUUAAUGAUGUUGAUUUCCUUAUUUUAUAUUUGGACAGUGCUAUAUUCAAUCUGAGGAGACAAAAACGGAACAUUUGUUACUUGCACUGUAACAACUACAGCCUUGAUGGGAUGUUAAAAAUGAUAGAUUUCUUAAGACAUGUAAAAUUCCACUAACAAUAUGUGCAUGUUAAAAAAUAUACAAACAAAUAUCCUGGUACAGUAUUGGAAUUAUGGAAAUGACAUGAGUUAAAUGGCCAGUUUAUACUGGACACUCAAUAAAAUUGUUAUUCACUGUAA